GUGAAUUGAAAAUAUCAGGUAACAAUGAGUUCUUUUGAAAAUGCAUUCAUUAACUUGAUAUUCAACCUCGUCAGCUGUGCGGAGGGGCAGGGCACUUUUAUGUGAAACUGGUUCCUCUUUAUUUCCUCUGGGCAAAUAAAGGAGUCAAGCAAUAUAGAACCCACUGCAAUGGAAAACAAGAUAGAAAGAGGGUUAAAGUGAGUGAAAGAAUUGAAGGUCUUCCUGUAGCCCCUUGUUUAUCAGGGUAUUUUUAUUUACCUUUGGGUCUGUUAUAGGAGACACUGAAAUCUUAGAAUUUUAACUAUCUUUUAUUGCCAAUUUAUUUUGAACAUUUUUUUUUUUUGCCUUGAAUUCAUUCUUGGAACUUUCCUGCUACCCCUCUUUUGCUCAAGACCCUUAAACAUACCUGUUACCCCAAAAUUAUCUCCACAGAAAGUCAUUAAUAAACUCGUCAUUCUUCCUGAAGAGGUACUACAAAAGUAAGAUAAAUAACAGAGAAUGGUCAAUUUUCAGGAUCUUGAGAAUAAUUCAUCAACUUUGGCUGGAGUGGGCAUGGUAGUGUUCUAUGGUAUGUGUGUGGUGUAUGUGAGAAACAUAAAGAGAAGUUAAUUAGGGGUUACUUAGGAAGACUGACUUGUUGCUGAAGGAAAAAUAAACCACUGUUGGUUUUAUAAGGAAAGGAAAGAGUGUAUAUUUUUCCACUGUCAUGUUAGGCAAAUGAUGUUGGACUCCUUUCUUCUGCUUUCAGCUACAAAAGAUCCCACCGCUGUAGAGAGAGCAAACUUGUUAAACAUGGCUAAACUGAGUAUCAAAGGACUCAUUGAAUCUGCUCUAAGCUUUGGCCGCACUUUGGAUUCGGACUAUCCCCCCUUGCAGCAGUUCUUUGUUGUUAUGGAACAUUGUCUGAAACACGGUCUUAAAGUCAGAAAAUCAUUUUUGAGUUAUAAUAAAACUAUCUGGGGCCCGUUGGAACUAGUAGAGAAACUCUAUCCAGAAGCAGAGGAAAUAGGAGCCAGUGUCCGGGAUUUACCUGGUCUUAAGACCCCUCUGGGUCGUGCAAGAGCCUGGCUUCGAUUAGCUCUUAUGCAAAAAAAGAUGGCUGAUUACCUGCGUUGCUUAAUUAUUCAAAGGGAUCUCUUAAGUGAAUUCUAUGAAUAUCAUGCACUAAUGAUGGAAGAAGAAGGAUCAGUAAUUGUUGGGCUGCUGGUUGGCCUGAAUGUGAUAGAUGCUAAUCUUUGUGUUAAAGGAGAAGAUUUAGACUCACAAGUUGGAGUGAUUGAUUUUUCUAUGUAUUUAAAGAAUGAAGAAGAUAUUGGAAAUAAAGAAAGGAAUGUUCAAAUUGCUGCCAUAUUAGACCAGAAGAAUUAUGUUGAAGAAUUAAACAGACAACUGAACAGCACAGUCAGCAGUCUCCAUUCAAGAGUUGACUCAUUAGAAAAAUCAAAUACUAAGCUGAUUGAAGAGUUAGCAAUAGCAAAGAAUAACAUCAUUAAACUCCAAGAAGAAAAUCAUCAGUUACGAAGUGAAAAUAAAUUAAUUUUAAUGAAAACACAGCAGCAACUAGAGGUUACCAAAGUGGAUGUGGAAACCGAGCUUCAAACAUACAAGCAUUCUCGGCAGGGCCUAGAUGAAAUGUAUAAUGAAGCCAGGAGGCAGCUUCGAGAUGAAUCUCAGUUACGACAGGAUGUGGAGAAUGAACUGGCAGUACAAGUCAGUAUGAAACAUGAAAUUGAACUGGCCAUGAAGUUGUUGGAGAAAGAUAUCCAUGAGAAACAAGAUACUCUGAUAGGCCUUCGACAACAGUUAGAAGAAGUUAAAGCAAUUAACAUAGAGAUGUAUCAAAAGUUACAGGGUUCUGAAGAUGGUUUGAAAGAAAAAAAUGAAAUCAUUACCCAAUUAGAAGAAAAAACCAAUAAAAUUACUGCAGCCAUGAGGCAGCUGGAACAAAGAUUGCAGCAAGCAGAGAAGGCGCAAAUGGAAGCUGAAGAAGAGGACAAGAAAUAUCUACAAGAAUGUCAGAAUAAAUCCAGCAGUCUGCAGAAACAAAUCUCCCAAAAGGAGAAACAACUGGUGCAACUGGAAACAGAUUUGAAGAUUGAAAAGGAAUGGAGACAGACUUUGCAGGAAGAUCUUCAGAAGGAGAAAGAUGCCUUGUCUCAUCUUAGAAAUGAAACUCAACAAAUCAUUAGUCUUAAAAAAGAGUUCCUUAACCUCCAGGGUGAAAAUCAUCAAUUGCGAAAAAUAUAUCAUGAACAGGAGCAGGCUCUUCAAGAAUUGGGCAACAAACUUAGCGAAUCAAAACUUAAAAUAGAAGAUAUAAAAGAAGCCAAUAGAGCAUUGCAGGGAUUGGUUUGGUUGAAGGACAAAGAAGCAACACAUUGUAAACUUUGUGAAACGGAAUUUUCACUCUCUAAGAGAAAGCACCACUGUAGAAACUGUGGGGAAAUUUUCUGUAAUGCUUGUUCUGACAACGAACUGCCUUUGCCUUCUUCACCAAAGCCAGUACGGGUUUGUGAUUCCUGUCAUGCACUGCUGAUUCAGAGAUGCUCAUCUAACUUGCCCUAAGACUCCAGAACUAAAUUCCUACGUAUUGAAAGUACCUACAAGGAAUGUUAUGAACAUGUGUAAAACAUAUUCAGACAGCUCUUCUUAAGCAGCUUUGACAGUAUUGUUUUUCACAUAUUUAACUGAUGGAAAUUAAAAAUUAUGUAUUUUCUUCUCCAUUACUCAAAGAAUUUUCAACAGGGCAUGCUUUAAAGUAACUUUAGUCUAAUGCCUAAUUGAUGUACUAAUCAUGUAAUUCUUAAUGCCACUGAAAGGCCAGACAGCAGAACUAAUACACAUUUGCCUUAUUUUAUAAAGGCCUUCUUAAAAACAGGGCUUCAGAUUGUUUUAUUCUGCAGAUUGUCAAGUUGAUAUUUAACAGUGCCUGUAAUUUUAAUGCACUUUAAAGCCUCACAGUUCUCAAAGAUUGGAAAUGAAUAAAAACUUUUUUGAAGUAUUAUUUCAACAGGUUACUCAUCAGCUUGGUUAAGAUUUCUACUUAAACCAUUUCUUCUCUCCUUCCUUUGCACAUUUUGCAUUAGUAAAGGACAAUUUUUUUUUAAAGAUUUAUACAUACAAGAACUGGGGUACAGGCCAGAGGUGUGGUGGGUGAGAGGACCCACCAGAGACAGAGUAGGGAACAGAACAGGCAGACUGAAAUACACUGCUGAGGGGAGCAGUGGGUGAGUCAGGAGAGGUCUGCUGCAUCUUGUGGGUAUCUCCCCUGGCUGGGGAUUGAACUCAUGCUGCAGUGGCUGCAGCAAGCUUCACAGGUUGCAUCUUAACUCCUUGCGCCACCAGGGAGGCCCGACAUUGUUUUAUCCUGUAAAAUUCCCUUUAGGAUUUCUGUCUAGUAUCAUCAAUGUUCUUGCUGACAACUUUCAGAUACAGUGGGUCUAAGAUACUAUUUUUGCCUCUUUUUACCUUAAACUUGGUUAUCUUUCUGUAGUAAGCUACCUAAUUUUUUUCAGGGAGAGCUCAUCACUUUUGAAAAUUGAAAACAGAUCCUUCCCCAGAAAAAAAAAAAUAUUGCAAUAGUAGGGGGAUUACAGGCUUCAACUAGGGUCUAAGCAUUGAGAGAAAUCUAAAAUGCUAUAAAUCUUUGAUAUGACAGAAAAGUAAAAGAAAACUUUGUAUUACAUUUCCAUUCCAGUAAUUUUAGGAAGGUUAUCCUGUACUUUGUCUAGAGUACAACUCACUAGACUGUGCCAGGGUCUACAGCAGACGAGACUCUGACCUGCCAUGACAUACUUGAACUGUUUCAAGCAUGAAAGUAGAUAAACACUAAUUGUUAUACUGCUGAUAGAACAAGAUUUAAUCUGUAAAAAAAGUUACUCUUGUAUAAUUUUAGUCUUAAACAGUGAUCAACACUAAAGGACCCUUUUUUUUCCUUCCUAUUGUCCAGUUUCAGCCAUGCACUUUAUAAUUUCACAUUAAAUCCUAGGGGUAUCAUAGUGACUUAUCACAGCCAUUCCCUUAUUCCUGAAGUUGAGGUCACUUACUCUACAGGAUAUUUUCCUAAGUGUAUACUGUAAGGUUUAACAAUUAGUUUUCUAAAUUGCCAAAGUAUGAAACUAACAUUUUACUUGAAGACUUUUCUCCAUAACUUGGUUUUUGCAGUGUUCAGUUAGAACUGAGAUUUUUAGGUGGUCUUUCUGGAAUGCUCCAAUAGAAAUGUUCUCAAAUGAUAUGUAUUAUAUUCUUGAACUGCUUUGUAUUGAUGGAUUAACAUUUUCUAUGAUUGCGAAAAAUGAGAAAAAUUUCAAUACUAAUAGGUAAUAUUUUUAUUACUGUUUAGAACAAAUUCUAAAAUGUGCUUUUGCUUAAAUUUUUGGCUUUAUUCCACAAGCCAUGAUUCUUGGUCUCCAUUCAGAGCUCACGUAUUGCCACUGAUUUGGAUUUGUUUUAGAGGCAAGCUCUUAUGACAGCAAGCAAUACAACUUAAUUUUGGCUCUUAUUUAAAAACAUACUAAUUUUGGAUUGUUUCAAAACUUUCAAAUUGUACUUGUUAUUGUUAACCUGUUUACGUAAGGUUUGCCCUCACAAAAGUAUCUUCACAUACCAUUCCCUUGUACUACAACCAUGUUGUCAUGGUGCCAAGAAAUUGAUUUUAAUUCUUCUCUCCUGCAAUGUUUUAAGAUGUGAAUUUUAUAAACCAAAUAAAAGUUUGGAAAAAUUAG